UGAGUCAACAUUAAGGCUGCAGAUAUGGCAGAGCAGGAACUUUACUAUGCUACAGUGGCUAUAAAAAGUAAGAUAGAGCUUCAACCAAGAGUUACAAAUGAGAAUGAGACCGAGUAUGAUGAAGUGAAGGUGAACAAAGAACCACCUCAGGCUAAAACAGUGAAAGAAGCUGAAGUGGAGAAGCAGAAUGAAAGUGUUCAACAAACACCUGACCAAACAGUCAAGGAAGCAGAACGAUUUUGCCGCUAUCAGCAGCUUUGUUGCUGCUUUGGGACUCUCUGUGUCAUUUUGGUGCUCACCAUCAUUGGAGUUUGGGUUUAUUUUCGUGUGAGCACUGCAAGUGAGCUGAACCAGCUGAAAUCAUCCCAGAAGGUUCUGCUGGAGGAGAAUCAGAACCUGACCAACCUCAACAACAAACUCAGUUCAGAUUAUAAAAAUCUAACGAUUCAGUUUGACAACUUGACUACGGCUUCUAUCACCUUAAAAAACAACAUCACCACACUGAUUGUAGAAAACUACAACCUGACUGUAGCGACUACAAUGUUAAAAAACAACAUCACCACGCUGACUGUAGAAAACUACAACCUGACUGUAGCAACUACAAUGUUAAAAAACAACAUCACCACGCUGACUGUAGAAAACUACAACCUGACUGUAGCGACUACAAUGUUAAAAAACAACAUCACCACACUGACUGCAGAAAACUACAACCUGACUGUAGCAACUACAAUGUUAAAAAACAACAUCACCACGCUGACUGUAGAAAACUACAACCUGACUGUAGCGACUACAAUGUUAAAAAACAACAUCACCACACUGACUGUAGAAAACUACAACCUGACUGUAGCGACUACAAUGUUAAAAAACAACAUCACCACGCUGACUGUAGAAAACUACAACCUGACUGUAGCGACUACAAUGUUAAAAAACAACAUCACCACACUGACAACAGAAAACCGCAACCUGACAACAAUUAAUGAGGAGCUGAGGAAAGACAAGAAAAACCUCACAGAACUGAUAAAAAACAUGGAGGAAACCUGGAACGAGCUCAAUGUCAGUCGAGCUCAGUGGAGCAUUGAUGUGUACUGUCCUAAAAAAAAUGGUGGGAGAAAUUGCACUUCUUGCCAGAAUGGCUGGAAUUACAACCUUUCCAGCUGUUAUGCUUAUAAUGAUGCUGUACCUUCUAAUCAACGAAACUGGGAAGGUGCACGAGAAGACUGCAGAAGCAAAAUAUCAGAUCUGACUGUUGUGUCUAACAAUGCAGAAAAGGAUUAUGUCAAAACACAAAGUCCUGCUACAGGGAGCAUUACUGGAUUCUGGAUUGGUCUCAGAGCUGUAGAAGGGAAAUGGAAAUGGCUCGAUGGAAGUGAUCUGACCAAUCAAACAUGGAUACAACAGCCUGCCACUGAUGGUAAAUGUGUAACUUCUCUCCAGAACCGAGAAUGGACAUCAGUGAACUGUACUGAAAGAAAUGCCUGGAUCUGUGAGAAGAAGGCUUUAUCUGUUUAAACAUGAAAUGUUCAGGUUUUUGACAAGCUGUUUGGAAAACCUUAUUUAAGACUUAUGCAAUUUUCUGGUUUAGCUUUUUUAAAAGCUCUUUUUAAAAGGCUUUACAAGUUUCAAAUGUUUUUCUGAAGUUGUAAAUUUAAAGUUUAUCAAAAGCCAGACAAAAUGACAUUUACGGUUGCUGAAGGUUUUACUGAUGGUUUUUGUAGAAACUUCCUAAAGUCAACGCUUCAGCAUAACUUUAGGAUUCCCACUGUCUGUGAAUCAUUCUUCAAUAGUUAAGAUCAUUUGUGUAUAUAACUAUUACAUAAGUUAUUUUGUGCAAUCUAUUACACAGAAUAACACAAUUGUUAUUUUUAAAGAUGUGAAUAAAAAUAAUGUCUGCCAUUUUUCUUUCUGCCAUUUUGUCCUAUCAAAAAGCUUAUCAAACAUUUGUGAUGCCUGAUUUUGAUUAAGAACUCCAAUAAAU